UUGGAAGGUUCAUAUGAUAUAAUGGAAAAUCGUAAACUGAGGCGACGCCAAUCCGAAGCAAACGCCCCUAUCGAAAUUGGUAAUUUUUUACAGGGUAAUCUACAAGUGUUACAUCGGAAUCCCGACACUGAUUUUCUGAGCGAUCUUGAUGGAAAUUUACUGAAGCAGCUGCGGCCACGUUUGGUGGAUUCGAUCAACCAGCAGGGUAUGGUGUUUUUUCUGCUGGGCAAUAUCCUUACCGGCCUAAUAAAUAUGAUUAUCAGAACAACCGCUGUUAAGAAUGAUUAUCUAGCUACCGCCAUUAUUGCUACUUAUCUGUUCAUUUGUAGCAUCGUUGCUUCCGUGCUCACCAUGUGGCUCGAGAAAAGAAGACAGUCGAAACAUUUUUUGGUACAGAUUUGCCCUGAAACCACUUGA